AUGGAUCCUCUUUCCGCACUGGGGUUCGCCGCCAACAUCUUGCAGUUCGUUGAUAUCGGCUACAAGCUCGUCUCCUCCAUCAUCGAAGUCCAUAAUUCGGUCACAGGAACUACUUCGGAUAAUUUCAAUGUUCUUGAUACCGUUGGUAAUCUGGAGAACGUUUCUGGACGACUGAGGGCCUCGACCAAACAAAUCCCCGACAAAGAGGCUCUGUAUUCCCUGUCCGUCAAUUGUCAGGCUCUCGCGGAAGAGCUCCUAAAGAUAUGUCAGUCUCUCAAAGUAAAGAAGCCUGGUUCAACUCGAGAAAGUAUUAGCGUUGCGUGGAAGGCAUGGCGGAAGCAAGACGAUAUGUUGUCUAUUCGGAGGAGGCUCGACGAGUAUCGGCAACAGAUUUUGCUAGAAGUUAACCUCCUUCUCAAGAGAGACCAAGAGUUCAUGGGGGCUAAGCUCGUUGCUUUGAUUGGAUCUACCGAGCUGGUUCAGGAUGAACUUCGAGCCUUGAGAUCCGACAUGGCCAUCAAGAUGGAGAAGGCCUUGAGCAGCGAGGCUGGGCUCGUCGGCCAUCUCUCUGAAAAGCUUGACGCGUUCCAAGAUCGUAUGCAGUGUGCAAAUCGACAGCGUGGCAUCUUACGAGCUCUUCAGUUCGACAAGAUGAACGAGCGAUUCGAGGACGUCAAGAAAGAGCAUGAUGAGACAUUUGAGUGGAUUUACCAGGAAUCUACAGCAGACAACGACAACCUUCCCUUUAUUGAGUGGCUCCGCUCCGGCGACGGCGUGUUCCACGUUGAGGGCAAAGCCGGAUCUGGAAAGUCUACCCUCAUGAAGCUCAUUUGUAGGGAUGCUCGAACGAAUGAGGCCCUUGCGGCCUGGGCCGGCUCACAGCAGCUCAUUCUUGGCCACUUUUUCUUCUGGAAGCCCGGGAGUUCAAUGCAACGCUCUCUCAAAGGACUCACCCAGUCUCUUCUUUACACUAUCCUAGAGCAGGUUCCGGAGCUCAUAGAGUCUGUAUUCCCCGACCAAUGGAAACGAACUCGUUCCAUGCCUUGGGAUAACCUAUGCCAAGUCCGGUUAUCCCUAGCUGACAUCCAAGGUGCUUUUCAAAGCCUCAUCAGGAACGACCAGGUCUAUUCGUCCUGGCGCUUCUGUUUCUUCAUUGAUGGCUUGGAUGAAUUCGACGAGUCAAACGGGUUGGACCCCGAGGACCGAUCCACUUAUGCCGACCUGAUACGUCUUUUGUCUGAAUGGGUUCAACACAGAUCCAAAGUGAAACUAUGCGUCUCAAGUCGGGAUUGGAACCUCUUUAGGGGAGCAUUCACACCCCGUCAGAAACUACGCCUUCAAGAUCUUACCAGGAACGACAUGAGAAUUCUGAUCCAGUCCAGUCUCCAAGAGUAUGGCAACAUCUCCCUCAACGGAUCGCAAACCGAAUCGGACUUUGAUGACCUAGUGAAUCAAAUCGUCGAAAAGGCUGAAGGAGUCUUCUUGUGGGUCGUGCUGGUGCUCAAAUCCCUGCGCCAGGGUCUGCAGCAUAAGGACUCACCAGAAGCACUUCUCAGAAGACUGGAGACGAUGCCUCGAGGGCUCGAGAACUUCCUCGGUUAUAUGCUCGAGAGCAUAGAUUCUGUGUACCAUCCACAGUCUGCCAGAAUAUUCGCCGUCGCCCUGGCCGCAGGAAAGGCCUCAGACCAGUCAAGCAUCUCGCUUCUCGGAUAUUCCUUUCUGGAAGACAUCCAUAGAAACUCGAGGUUUUCACUUGAAAUCGAUGGCCCUAUGGGGGAUGAAGAGAUUCAGAAACGACUGGAGCGAAUGUCCUUUCAGCUUGAUGCUUGUUGCAAGGGGUUGCUGGAAGUAAAAGACAACAAAAAGAAGCUCCCACGUGCAUUGUCUGAACGGGUUACGUUUUUGCACCGCUCAGUGCAAGACUUUCUC